AUGUCGAACCCAAACAUUUAUGUAGAAAUUGCUCGUCUCAUUCUUACUGCUGAGGCAAGGACUUUUCUUCGAUUUAUUACAGAAAGAGAAUUGUAUCAAUUAAACCUUCUCCUUCCUAAAGCUUAUGAAAUAUCAACUAAGAGCACAGUAAAAUCUGCUACGCGAAAAGUACCUAAUCUUCCAUUGUUACAAUGGGACACUUUUCUUAAUGAUGCAUUAGUAGCUUCAUCAUCAAUUAAUAAUACAGAUCCUAAGUUUUACAUUCCCGAAAUUUUUCGACUGAGUGUAUCCUCUGAAGAUACAACAGUUGAUCAAUUUUUGCGAACAAUGAAUGAAAUCAACAACCAAAGAUUAAGGCAACUACCGAAGCCAGAAAGGUGGGCCAAACGAGAUCAAUGUUGUGUGACAUUAGGUGAACCAGAUGCUAUACGUUUUUGUGCCGAUAAUAAGGAGAAACUAGAAGAUAGGAACGACACUGAGAUAGUUGCUGUGGUUGAAGUAAAACCGGAACAGCUUAUGGUUACUUUAAUAGCAGGGACUGAAAUAACUGAUAGUAGACAGGUCAAGCUUACAGAUGAAAGAGAUGAUUUGGUUGUACUUUAUAGCUCUGCAGUUGAAGCGAUAGAUUAUCAAACAGAUGAUUACACUAAUCAUGAAAAGAUAAAGAGAAUCAUUCGUCAAGUCUUUGGAUAUAUGGUGAUUAAUAAGUUAAGAUAUGGCAUGAUAACAACAUAUGCUAGAACGUGGUUUUUAAAAUGUGAUGAUGCAAAUAAUCUCUACAUAUCCCCUAUGAUUCCUAUUGAUCAACAACACACAGAAUCUCAGGCUUCAUUUUUAGAAUGUAUGCAUUACUUUGAAGAUAUUUCUGGAAAUAACCCAACCAUUGACUCUUCACAAUCACCACUGAUGACUGAUGGUGAUGAUGUUUCGGACACUUCAGACAAUUCAGAUCAGCCAUCAGAUAAUGAUAAAGACGAUUAUUAUAAGCCAUCUAAACAUCAAAAAACUAUUGAGUCAAAAGAUACUAGUACUUGGAAUACUCAAAAAAUAAACACUCGGGGUGCAAAAAAAGCUAAUAUGGAAAAAUUCAAUUGUAAAAGUAAUGAUGAACUUCUUGUAAACAUGAAAAACUAUGAUUAUGAACUAUUCUACUUUGGCAAGAUGUUGGGAUUUGGUCGAUCCGGAAAUGUUAUUGAAGCAAGACUUUUUGAAAAAUCAGGUGCUCUAAAGAUGAUUGGCUUAUAUAAAGAUGAUGUUAAGCUAGAAGAAAUGCUUAAUGAAAUAAAGAUUUAUGACAUAAUUCUAAAGAGAAUUCAAGGAAUCUAUAUACCAAGGCUCCUAGAAUUUGGGGUUCUCCAUGAGGCAUUUGUUUUCAUGCUUACAUCAUUUGCAGGAGAGUCAUUUGCAAGUAAAAGAAGAAAAAUCACAGAAGUAGAAAAGCAAUUAGCCAUAAACAGUUUACUAGCAAUACAUGCAUUAGAUGUGAAACAUGGGGAUAUUAGAUUAGAGAACAUAAUGGAUAUUGAUGGUGCUAUUUGUGGUGGAAAUUCUUCUUGGCCCAAUAAGAUGUUUUUAAUAUUUGAUGCAUAUACUUCUGAUGAUUUCCAAUUGUAUUCUUCAUCAGAAAAACAACAACCUGUGGUGCCUAUUCCUAUUGAUCAUGAUGUAUACCAAAUCAUAAAACCGAGGAUUUUGAAUAUUGAGGAAUCAUUUAUUUCAUCAAAAACAAGUGGUUAUAAUGCUGGAAAGUUGAGUAGGGCAAUUGCUUCUGCUUUUGAAGUGGACUUUUCUGGUGGAACAGAAAUGUUCCAAACUGGAAUAAUAGAUCAUUGUGUGGAUGAUAUGCUGACAGCUGUGAGGGCUUAUUCAUUAGUAGGGUUAAUCCAAGAUCACAACUGCUCUGACUUCACAACAUCAGUAAAAGGGAAUUUGCGUCCUGAUUAUUUAGCAUGGUACAAAUCAGUAUUGAUUAUCAGAGGUGAAGAUAAGAAAAAUUACAAGGACAUUUUGAAUGCAAGAAAUGAACUUACAAAUAAAAUGAACAUGUGGAGUCCAUUUCUCUAUGGACAACUUCUGUAUCUUUUUGGAUAUGCUUUUGCAGCUGGACAGAUACAAUUCUUUGCACUUCAUCCACAGGAAGGGUAUGGUACAUCAAGACAUAAAUUACAAUCUACUGCAAUAUCUGAUUCUUUACCACUUAAUGAUGCAGUUGGUGUUUAUAAGGCUAUAUUAUGUGUAAUUAACAUUAUUCGUAUCAUUCAUUCAUUGGAAUCACUUUUUCCCACACAAACUAUCAAAGUUGGUCACAUUGAACAUCAUUAUUAUGGUGAUUCUUGCAUUGGAGAAGUUCAAGUGUUUGAUACAUAUGUCACAAAAUCUAUUUGUGACUUUAAACAAUACAAAUUUACAACAAGUGAUGUUCUCAAAAAGAUAUACAGUAAGACAAAAUAUGUACACAAUCUUAUUCAUGCUAGGGGAGAACCAAAGUUUGAGCAUAAUAGAUAUAAAGUUGAAUUAGAACCAGUGGGUCUUCCUGUAAAACCAAAAACAGAAGGAGAGUUAAAAGUAGCCAUUAAAUGCAUCCUUCUUGGUCUUAAAUUAGAAAUUGUACAUCGUGAUAUUAGAUGGGAAAAUGUUAUUCAGAUUUCAGGAACUGAUUGGUGUCUAAUUGACUUUGAACAUUCAGGCAAAGCUGGGAAAGAACCAGAUUUUCACCUUGAAUGGUGGGCACCAGAAAUAAUUGAUGAAAAACAGAAAUAUCAUAAAUCAGCAGAUGUUUAUUUAGUUGGUAGAUUAAUUGAUACUUGCAAUAUUACUUUAAGUGAAAGUGCUAUUGAAUUUAGGGAUAGGCUGAUAGAUGUAAAUCCAGAACAGCACUACACAACUGAGAUGGCAUUGAAUGUGCUAUGGUAA